UCCCUGUCGCUGGCGGCUCUGGUGGGCGAGACGGUGAUGACGCCAUCGGGUCAGGCCAACGUCAUCUACCUGGCAGUGAACGAGAGCAGCCCGGGCAGCCUGCUGCUGCAGCUGUGUGAGCUGCUGGCCACCACGCCCCUGCAGGGUUUGGUGUUCGAGGAGGAGAGGCCGCCGCCGCCCAACCGGGCCCCUCUGGCCCCCAUGCUGGAGUUCGUCUCCGCCCAGACGGGGGUUCCCGUGGUCGCUGUAGGGGGAGGGGCCAGCCUGGGACGAGAGCCGCAGGAGACCGGCUCCAUCUACCUCCAGUUCACCUGCUCCACCGCGCUCCAGCUGGAGGUCAUCUUCGAGGUUCUGGAGGAGUACGACUGGACCGCCUUCUCCGUGGUGACCACCCGGCACCACGGCUACGAGGACUUCCUGGCCAUGGUGGAGGGCAUGACGGACGGCUCCUUCAUCGGCUGGGAGAAGAACAGCGUGGUGAUCCUGAACGUGACGGACGACCCCGGGGAGGCGCGAACCAAGCGGCUGCUCAAAGACCACGAAGCCCAGGUGCGUCUGCUGUACUGUUCCCUGGAGGAGGCGGCGCUGAUCUUCCGUGCAGCCUUGGCGGCGGGUCAGGCCGGGCCCAGUCACAUGUGGUUCGCCGUGGGACCCGCCCUGUCCGGCCUGGGCCUGGAGGGGCUGCCCAAGGCCCUGUUCGCCAUCCGGCCUCAGGGCUGGAGGGACGAGCCACGCAGGCGUAUUGCCAAAGGCGUCUCGGUGCUCACCCACGGGGCCAUGGCUCUGCGCAGGGACCUGGGGACCAACAGCCGGCUGCAGUACGCCGGCAACUGCCAGAGCGACGGGAACCAGACGCACCGAGUGCACGACCGGAUCAGGUACUUCACCAACAUCUCCAUCGGCGGGCGGGACUACUCCUUCAACAGCGACGGCUACCUGUCCAACCCGCUGCUCGACGUCAUCUCCUACACCAAUGGGAGGGGCUGGGAGGAGGUGGGCUGGUGGGAGAACGGACACCUGCGGCUGCGGUACCACCCCUGGUCCCGGUACGGCUCCUUCCUGAAGCCGCUGGACGACGCCCAGCACCUGCGGGUGGUCACCCUGGAGGAGAGGCCCUUCGUCAUCGUGGAGCCGGCCGACCCGGGAACCAGCUCCUGCAUCCGGGACUCGGUGCCCUGCCGCAUGCCCGUCAACUCCAGCCUGGUGGUGGACAGCGCCGGGCCCAUGAAGCACUGCUGCAAAGGAUUCUGCAUCGACGUGCUGAAGCGCCUGGCCAAGAUCGUGGGCUUCAGCUACGACCUGUACCUGGUGACCAACGGGCGGCACGGCAAGAACAUCGACGGGGAGUGGAACGGCAUGGUGGGGGAGGUGGUGUCCAACAGGGCCGACAUGGCCAUCGGCUCGCUCACCAUCAACGAGGAGAGGUCGGAGGUCGUGGAGUUCUCCGUUCCGUUCGUGGAGACCGGCAUCAGCGUCAUGGUUUCACGCAGCAACGGCACCGUGUCGCCGUCGGCCUUCCUCGAGCCCUACAGCCCAGCGGUGUGGGUGAUGAUGUUUGUGAUGUGCCUGUCGGUGGUGGCUGUCACCGUCUUCAUCUUCGAGUUCUUCAGCCCGGUGGGAUACAACCGCAGCCUGCAGAGCGCCAAGAAGUCGGGAGGAUCCAAGUUCACCAUCGGGAAGUCGGUGUGGCUGCUGUGGGCGCUGGUCUUCAACAACUCGGUGCCUGUGGAGAAUCCCAGAGGAACCACCAGCAAGAUCAUGGUGCUGGUCUGGGCGUUCUUCGCUGUCAUCUUCCUGGCGUCCUACACGGCCAACCUGGCUGCCUUCAUGAUCCAGGAGGAGUACAUCGACACGGUGUCAGGGCUGUCAGACAAGAAGUUCCAGCAGCCGAACGAGCAGUACCCCCCCCUGCGCUUCGGCACGGUGCCGAACGGCAGCACGGAGGAGAACAUCCGCUCCAACUACCCCAACAUGCACCAGUACAUGAUCCGCAACAACCAGAAGGGAGUGGAGGAGGCCAUCGAAAACCUCAAGACCGGGAAACUGGAUGCCUUCAUUUAUGACGCCGCAGUUCUGAACUACAUGGCGAGGAAGGACGAGGGCUGCAAGGUGAUGACCAUCGGCUCUGGCAAGGUGUUCGCCACCACCGGCUACGGCAUCGCGCUGAACAAGAACUCCCGCUGGAAACGACCACUGGACCUGGCCCUGCUGCAGCUGGUGGGGGACGAUGAGAUUGAUAUGUUGGAGCGUCUCUGGCUCUCGGGGAUCUGCCACAACGAUAAGAUCGAGGUGAUGAGCAGUAAACUGGACAUCGACAACAUGGCGGGGGUCUUCUACAUGCUGCUCGUGGCCAUGGGCCUCAGCAUGCUGGUGUUCGCCUGGGAGCAUCUGGUGUACUGGAAACUCCGGCACUGUGUGAAGCGAUCUGGUGGGAUGGACUUCCUCCUGGCUCUGAGCAGGGUGAGACACUGCAGCGAGGACCCCAGGGUCCCAGUUCACCUCGACAAGAUCCCAGUGUAG